UUUAAGGAUCUAGAAUAUUUCACGUGAUCUCACGCGCCUUCUCUUUGUCUCUUUUAGUUGACAGCUUUUCAUCCUCAAACACUCAAACACUCAACAAUAUCAUCUACAAAGUCAACAUGGAGGCCAAUCCUCGAGGAAUCCCAAAGGCACCGUUUGUUGAAAAUGUUGAAGACCAUGUUAGCGAGCAGGAGCCUGUUGAGAUUGUUCUUCGGAAGUUCCAAGAGGCUGUAGCAAAAUACAAGUUCAUGGAAGUGAACAUGCUUCAGCGCAAACGUAAUCUGGAUGCAAAGAUCCCUGAGAUCCGCAAAACCCUUGAGAUGGUGCAGUUUUUGCAAUCACAAGCCAGCAAGGAAGAUGAGACCAAGGAGAUCGAAACAUUGUAUGAAUUGAACGAUACGUUAUACGCCACUGCUAAGAUUCAACCUACUGGAAAAGUUUGCCUGUGGCUGGGUGCCAAUGUCAUGCUGGAAUACCCAGUUGAAGAGGCUGCAGACCUUUUAAAGACCAAAUUAGAAUCUGCAUUGAAGACAUUGAAGAAUACAGAAGAAGAUUUGGCCUAUCUGAGAGAUCAAAUUACUACAAUGGAGGUCAACACGGCUCGAGUCUAUAACUGGGAUGUGAAGCAACGGCGCCUCGCAAGGGCCAAGGCCGAAACUGAGAGCAAAGAAUAAAGGAUCGGAUAAAAUAAAGUAAAAAACAAUAUACAAACAAUAAAUGGAAAGCUUUCACAUAGUCUACGUUAUAGCUUGCUUUAACAUUAACAUAUUUUGCUACAGUCUUUUUUGUGCGUGGGAUAUGGUCAUUGAAAGGUGCAUUCUUUAGAAGCUCAGAUUACUGCUGCAUAAGCUAAAUGUAUAUGUGUAUUUUUGUC